AAAUUAGGUAUAUUCUCGUAAAGUCAAGUGAGCCAUGACAUAUGAGCUCUUAUUGUGAGCGCACAGGACGGUGGCAUCUUUCUAAGGUUUUUUUUUAUUUUCCCAGCAAUCAGUACAACCAAGUCAUCGUUAUAAGGCAUCGCCCUCUUUUGCCCACCCCCCCAGCACCAGGUGUGGCCACUAGCCUAUAUGAAGGCCCAAAAUUGUGUGUUCCUUUCUGCUCUGACAAUGGCAUGCCCAUUCGUGCGAGAUGUGGUGGAUGAAGAAGCACUUGUGCUGAGGAGAGCCUUCAGGCGAGAAAGGGUCUUCAGGGACCGGUUGGACCCACUGGCCUUCCCUGAUGACCAUCUAUAUGAAAGAUACAGGUUUUCUGCAGAUGGCAUCAGGUAUCUAUGCAGACUACUGGGUCCCAGGAUUAAGCACAGCACUGCACGGAGCCAUGCACUGAGUGUGGAGCAAAUGGUUUGUGUGGCCUUGCGCUUUUUUGCUAGUGGAGCCUUCCUGUACUCAGUGGGGGAUGCAGAACAGCUGAACAAGGCCACAAUUUGCCGCACAAUAAGGAGUGUGUGUCUGGCUAUCAAAGCAUUAGCAGAUGUCUUCAUCUCCUUCCCUGGCCACAGAAGACUCUGUGACAUCAAAGAGGAGUUCUAUAGGAUUGCAGGUAAGAGGAUCUACAAAUUACAGGACAACUGUUAACACAUAGUAGGAUACUCAUUACUUUGUGUGACAGGUUUCCCCAAUGUCAUUGGUGCAGUGGACUGCACACACAUAAGGAUAAAAGCCCCCUCAGGUGCCCUUGAGGGCGAUUUUGUGAAUAGGAAAUCCUUUCACAGCAUUAAUGUUCAGGUGAACAUAACUUUUUGAUAUUGUCCAUUGACGAACACUCUGCAUUGCCAGUGAUGUGCAUUGAUUGGUGUAAUAUUCCUCAUCUUAUGAUUUCAGAUGGUCUGCAAUGCUGACUGUGUGAUCAGCAAUGUUGUGGCAAAAUGGCCUGGCUCAGUCCAUGACUCCAGAAUCUUUCGGGCCUCUGAAAUCUAUCAGUGCCUAUCACAAGGUGAAUUCUCUGGUGUGUUGCUGGGAGACAGGGGGUAUGGCUGCCAGCCUUUUUUCCUGACACCUUUCACAGACCCCCAGGAAGCACAGCAGGCCUACAACCAUGCCCAUGCCAGGACCAGGGCCAGAGUUGAAAUGACCUUUGGCCUCCUGAAGGCACGCUUUCACUGCCUUCACAAAUUAAGGGUCAGCCCUGUUAGGGCAUGUGAUAUUACUGUGGCUUGUGCUGUCCUCCACAAUGUGGCCUGCCUGAGGAAGGAGAGGGCCCCCAGAGUGCCACCAGCCAUGGACUGGGACAAUCCGGCAAUCUUCCCUGAUGACGACAGUGGUCGGCUGCUGAGGGACCAAUAUGUGUUGAAUUAUUUUAGUUAGUAUGUGUGCUUUCAAUUUUGGUUAAAUAUGUCCUGCGGUGGCAGAGGAAUUUGGGUUUUUUUGGGUUCGUUUUUUUACGAAUUUGGCCUCUUAUGAUGUUUGUGCGGUAUACUGUGUGUAAUACAAGGCUGCAGGGAGGCUACUGCAUCCAUUCAUUUGUCUGUUCAGUUGAUGUGUAUGGAUUUGUCCUGCAUUUAUUUUAGUGUGCAGACAUGCAGGGUGUGUUAUAUACAGACUUUUGAAUGUGUAUGUAUCAUUUUGUAUAAUAUGCUUGGAUUCUGUGCUUUCCAUCUUGUAGAGUCACUGUGACUUCAGUUUCGAAAGGAGCUGAUGGUUUACCUGCUUUGUUUUGUCCUUAUUCAAUAAAGGAACAUAAUGUUACACAUUGUGUUUUUAUAUUCA